CAAUACAUGACUUCACAUGAACAUGACUUCGUUACACAUGAACAAUGAUAAUUGUUUUCAGCCUCUUUACAGUCAAACCAAGUGAAGCUUGGUGCGUUCCUUUGGGGUGAUCUGGAUCAGUGAUCGAAGAUCACUCGGAUCAGUUCAUCAGAGGAACCCAUAAAUCCGUGACCAGAGUGGAUUCAUCGGUUCCCUUGAUAUACCAUGAUCUCAGUGAUCUUGAAUCACUGACCCUGAUCCAGAUCACCCCAAAGGAACGCACCCUUACGGGCGGAUUUAAGGAGGGGGGGCGGGAUUGGGCGACUAGCCACCCCCCAUCUCGGAGAAGCAAAACAUGAACAAAAUUGGAAAAGAUUGUGAAUAUUAUGGUAAACGUUCAGGACAGGUACCUUAUUGUAAAUUCUACUUUGUGGCAUUGCUAGUUCCAGGUCUCAUGGAAAUUGCAAUAUUUUCGGGGCAUCCACUAUCGAUUCUGCAGCCCCAAGGUACCAGCAACCCCCCUCCCCCCUUCUCCCUUGACAAAUCCUGGAUCUCAUGAAUUGAUAAUUUGAAUAUCGAACCCGCAUGUCCAAGAUCAAGAAUGCAAUAAUGAAUUGAUCAUUUGAACAUUGAAUUCGCUUUUCGUUUCAAGAAUUCAAUAAUAAAUUGAUUAUUUCAUUGAUUAUUCGCCCGGUAUUAAAAGUAUAUGUAUGUAGGUAAUAUUGAACCCGUUAGCCGCAUUCUUGGAACGAAUACUCGGUCAAUUUUCAAAUAAUCGAUUUAUUAUUGCAUUCUUGAAAUGCCUAGCGGUUCAAUAUUCAAAUAAUCAAUUCAUUUUGUUGUCUUGAGGGGUACGCUUCAGUUGGUUUGAUUGCAAUACAGUUUCAUUCUGCGCAGUCCGUCUGAAAUGGCGUCGAACAAACAUGAAGUUAUCGCGAUUACAGGGGUUUCUGCAGGCUUAGGCCUUGCUAUGGUGAAAUGGUACGCAUCCAGAGGCCAUACAGUGUUAGGAUGUGCAAGAUCGGCCCAAAAGAUAAGUCAGCUGAACGACGAAUACUGUAAAGGAAACAAACCCAAGCAGUUUUCUGUUGUUGAUAUUAUGAACGAGGCGGAGGUGAAACGUUGGUCUGAAGAGGUUAUUCCAAGCUUUGGAGCGCCGACUUUUCUCCUGAACAAUGCUUCUGUAAUUAACAAUAAUGCCAAUCUCUGGCAAAUUUCUGCAGAGGAGUUUAACGAUGUUAUUGAUAUCAACAUCAAAGGUACAACAAAUGUGAUUCGCCAUUUUGUCCCCGAGAUGAUCAAAGCAGGAAAAGGCGUGGUCGUCAAUUUUUCUUCUGGUUGGGGAAGGAGCGUAGCGGUGAAUGAGGCUCCUUAUUGUGCCUCCAAGUGGGCCAUCGAGGGCCUCUCCAAAGCAAUGGCCCUAGAGCUACCUGAACCGUUGACCUGUGUUCCAUUAAGUCCUGGAAUUGUCGACACGCCUAUGUUAAAGAUCUGCUUUGGAGAACAACGUGCGUCACUACACUAUUCACCAGAAGAAUGGGCCGAGACUGCUUGUCCAUUCAUUCUCUCCAUAGACCAUUCUCAGAAUGGAAGUAGCCUCACAACUCCUUGAUCGCAAUGUAGACUCGAUGACAUUAUUUUAAGACACUGACUUCAGUUAUAGUUGACAUAGUUUGUGAAGGGUCAAUUUUUGUGGUAACUGACGUCAUUGUUGGCACAAAUUUUUAAGAUAUUUUUCGGAUGUAUUUGGUAUUUGUUCAUUUUGGCAUUCAUUUGACAUUUAUUCAAGCGACAUUUAUUCGUAUUUUAUUAACUCUGUAUUUCAUUUAUUCAGGAAUUUCCCUUGCCAUCGAUAUAACUAAUUAUGACGGAACUCUGAUGUUCUUUUUGGGUCGUCGGUUUGCUCUUAGAAGAAGAUUUUCCUAUUUUUAUUAUUUUGGGUUCGUUUUGGGAAAUUGAAUACAUUGAGGGUAUUUAUUACAUCUUGGUAUUGGGUAAACAACUGUCAAUGGAUCAUUUCAGGGACUUUUCAUGAGAAUUAUCAAAGGAUUAAUAAACCACCAGGAAAAAGAAAAUGUUCUUUUACGAAAAGUUCUCUGUUAAUUGACUCAAUCAAACGAUAAAAGAAAAAGAAACGUCGAAAAGAUGCUGAUAGCUUUUGAAGGAAACUACUAUGCGGAUUAUUUCCUUUCAGAUAAUAAAUAAGUAUUCUUAAAAACUAGACCAUUGGAUAAUGCACUUCAAGAGUUUUCAUUGGCUUAACCAUCAUAGUAUAUGAGCCAUUAUACCGUGCUCUUCCGUGCUCUACAAAUAGAGUAAGUGUACAAGUAAUUUUUGGGGGCAUUUUUAUUUUAGCUUUCAAUAUUUUAGGGGAGUUUAUAAUAAAACAAAAAUUAUUCCA